AUGGCCGGCCGUGGUGGGACCGGGGCGGCGGAGUAUGGCGAGGAGGGCGAGGACGAGGAGGAGGAGGAGGCGCCGGAAGGCGGCGCUGAGGGCUCUCCAGGGUCCAAGCUGCCCCCCAUAGUGGGCACCUCCUCCGAGCUGGCCAAACGGAAGGUGAAGAAAAAAAAGAAGAAGAAAAAGAUUAAAGGAUCAGGCAAGGGCGACGCAGAUAAACAUCACAGUCGAGGUCGGAAGAACCAGCCGCUUUCUUCAUCUUUCCAUGACAUCUUAAAUCCCCACAAAGACCAUGGCUCGAGAGCAGAGCCCAGAGACAAAGAGGAAACUAGGCAAACCCUUCCCUAUUCGUACAGCAUUAAUCACCCCUGCUUUGCCGAAAUAGAAGACAGCCUUUCCAGCCAGAUCAAUGAGAGUCUGCGCUGGGAUGGGAUUCUCACCGACCCUGAGGCAGAAAAGGAAAGGAUCCGCAUCUACAAGCUCAACCGAAGGAAGCGGUACCGUCUCGUGGCCCUCAAGGGCUUCCAUUCGGAUCCCUGCGUGGAGGAGAGCGUGGAGAACCUGCCCUACCUCUCAGACAAAGAUAGCAGCCCCGGCAGCAAGCAGCCCGGCUCGAAGGGCGAUCACGCGCACAGUUACUUUGAAGCCUCGAAGCUCCUGCACCCAGAAUUAGCCACCACUGUGGCAGAGUGA